AUGGAUGUAAAAGUGAGAAAACUUCGAUUUUGGAUUGACUUUGCCACGACAUGGUGGAAUUUAUGUCACGUCAUUGCCGACCAGACAGUCUGUUCGGAAUACCUUGUGUCAGGAUUCUAUGGCGUGGAUGAUUCGGCUUUAAAUGCAUCAUCUUCAAAGCCUUCAUUUUAUGGCGGUAUUCUCAGUCCACAAAAUGCCAGGCUUUAUAUUGAUGGAAAGCUCUCUGCUUGGUGUCCGAACGAAGAGGAUACUCAACCGUAUAUACAGGUUCGGUUUCCGAGAGAGACAGUUGUUGACACGGUGAUAUUACAGGGCCGAGGAGGUAACCUGGAUUGGGUCAAGACAUAUUACAUUUCGUACAGCAUUGAUGGCAACACAUGGACUAUAGUGACUUCACAAAACAACCAACCGAAGAUAUUUACCGGAAACUAUGAUAACAAUACCUUGGUGAAGUCGAACCUUGUUUCCAAUAUCACUGCUCGGUACCUUCGAAUCUUUCCCCAAAGCAAGAAUUCACGCAAUUGUCUUCGAUUUGACCUCAGUGGUUGCUACAAAGUUAUGGAAUCAGAGCGAAAUUCAGAUUUCAUCAGGGUGCCAGUAUUACCAACUCCAGAUUAUAAACAGCGUGUUGUGCUUCAGACAAAGUCAAAAAACCUUCCAGCGUGCGGUAAACUAUGCCACAUGGACAAGGAAUGUCGUUUCUUCAACUUUGAUAUGAUCCAGAAGAAAUGUAGUAUGUUCUCCUCAAUGCAUACAAUAUACACAGCAUUUUCUGCCGAAAUGACGCCAUUCUUUGUCAACAAAGGUAAAUAUACGCCACUUGGCUACCGUCAAAUUCAACAAGGAAGGUUCAUGUAUAAAGUGAACGAAGUCAGAAUGAAUCAGGAGAGUGCUUCCAAGGAGUGUAUGCAACAACAUUCAUGGCUGAUCAAGAUCGACUCCGCAUCCGACAUGUUGAGUCUACAGAAUGUCAUCGCCGGAAACGUUAGACUGGAACUUGGCUACUCUCACUUGUUUGUGUCCGGUAGAUAUUUGUCCAUGAAAUGGCAGCACAAUGACGGUUCAGCCAUUAACAGCUCCCUCUGGUCGCCAGGCAACCCUGACCCAGGUCAAGGUCACUGUGUGGUGAUGACACCGAAUGGCCUUGUCAGCGCUUAUUGUUUGGAGAAACAUUUCUCUGUUUGUGGUUUUUAG